ACUAGAUAGUCCACAAUGGGAAAUUCUGUGGCCGUAGCAACUCAGUGCCUUAAGCAUCCAAAUAGUCGUAAAAGCAGGAACGGUAUCGGCUAUGGCGGAAGGUGCAAGGUUGUGUACGAAGAACCGGAGAAGGUAGUAGACAUGUCGGAACAUCAGAGAGACCGGCUUGGCCAAUGGACCUUCGACGAAGAAACUGGAGACAAUGUGUGCCCCUCAACUGUACGAGGUCUCGACCAUCUGCGGGAUCCACGCCUCAACAAGGGGAUGGCAUUCACUCUUAAAGAGCGCCAGUUACUGGGAAUCCAUGGGUUGAUUCCUCCACGGUUCAAGACUCAGGAAGAGCAGUUAGAAUUAUGUCGCCUUAAUAUUGAAAGAUAUACUGAAGACCUCAAUAAGUACAUCUACCUCAUGGGCCUGCAGGACCGCAAUGAGCGUUUAUUUUACCGAUUUCUAUCAGAGAAUGUGGAACAGCUAAUGCCUCUUGUGUAUACUCCUACUGUUGGUUUGGCCUGUCAGAAAUAUGGACUCAUCUACCGAAGACCAAGGGGACUCUUCAUCACCAUUCAUGACCAUGGACAUGUCUAUGAUGUUCUUAGAAAUUGGCCUGAAUCUGAUGUUCGUGCCAUUGUUGUAACUGAUGGGGAAAGAAUUCUUGGACUGGGAGACUUGGGUGCAUAUGGCAUGGGCAUUCCUGUGGGCAAGUUGGCCCUGUACACAGCCCUGGCAGGCAUCAAGCCACAUCAGUGUUUGCCCAUCACUCUCGAUGUGGGCACAAAUACACAGGCACUCCUGGAUGAUCCACUUUAUAUAGGCCUAAGGCACAAACGAAUUACUGGUGCAGAGUAUGAAGAUUUCAUUGAUGAGUUCAUGAGAGCUGUUGUCAAGAGAUAUGGUCAAAAUACUCUAAUUCAGUUUGAAGAUUUUGGCAAUCAUAAUGCAUUCCGUCUUCUGGAUAAGUACCGUGAAAAGUAUUGCACAUUCAAUGAUGAUAUCCAAGGAACAGCAUCAGUUGCUGUGGCUGGUCUGUUAGCUUCUCUCCGUAUUACAAACACUCGUCUUUCAGAUAACAUCAUCCUCUUCCAAGGCGCUGGAGAGGCUUCCUUAGGUAUUGCUCAACUGUGUGUGAUGGCAAUGCAAGCCGAGGGUACAUCAACAGAAGAUGCCAGGGACAAGAUCUGGAUGGUGGACUCUAAGGGAUUAAUUGUUAAAGAUCGGCCAGAAGGCGGCGUGACAGGUCACAAGGUUCUCUAUGCCAAGAACCAUGUUCCAAUCAAGAACCUUGAAGAAAUAGUCAGAGAAAUAAAACCCUCUGUCAUAAUAGGUGCCGCUGCAGUAGGAGGAGUUUUCACCCCUGAGAUCUUGCGUGACAUGGCAUCCUUCAACGAGCACCCGAUUGUGUUUGCGCUUAGCAAUCCAACUGUAAAGGCUGAAUGCACAGCAGAGUCUGCCUAUACAAACACAGAUGGCAAGUGUGUAUUUGCAAGUGGGUCUCCAUUCCCUCCUUUCGUAUACAAGGGCAAAACCUUCUACCCAGGUCAGGGAAACAACUCAUACAUCUUUCCUGGUGUUGCAUUGGGCGUAAUCUGCACUGGGAUACAUCAUAUUAGUGAUGACAUUUUCCUAGUUGCAGCAAAGACUUUGGCUGCUCUCGUAUCGCAAGAUGAUCUGGAUUCAGGAAGCCUCUAUCCACCACUCACCACUAUCCAGAAGUGCUCUCUUAAGAUCGCUGCUCGAAUUGCUGACUAUGCAUAUGAACACGGUAUGGCUGCAGCUUAUCCUGAACCAGUUGACAAGGAGGCAUUUGUACAGAACCAAAUGUAUCACUGGAACUUUCCUUCCACUUGCAAGUGGCUCAGCUUCACCAAGCACAAAUAAAACACCACCACCUGUAACUGGCAAGUGGUCAACUUCUGUCUUUUAAUUUAAAUAUCUACCAGAGAUGUAAAGUGGUCCCCAUGUAUCAAGUCUUUUUUUUAUUUCAAAUAUAUUGUGAUAACUUUCCCUGCAAGCUGACAACCAUUAUUUUUUAAAAAAGACAAAACUCAUACAAAUUUUUGUAGAGGUUGAAAGGAAUAUAGUGUAUAAUGUCAAGUAUGGUGUUUGGAAAGUUUAUUUGUACAUACUGCUAAAAAUAAAAUAAUGAAAAAUUUAUCUGGUAAUCAAAUUUAAUCAUUUCUAGUAUGUAUCUUUUAAGUCAGCAUUUCCAAAUGUGGGAGCCAUGCCAACCUCCUUCCAAAGGCUGCCAAAAUUGCUAUUAGUCUAAUUAUCAUACAUUUAAUUUUAUAGCAAAAGUCACAUUAAAUUACACACAAUAUAAUAUGGAAAGUACUUCAUAAUAUAAUUAAGGUUCAUUAAAAAUUGUUUUUGAAUUGCUAAAUCACAUUUUAAGUAAUUUCUUGACCUAAAUUAUUUUUAUUCACAUCAAACUAAGUUUACAAACCAUGGUUUUAACCCCUGUAAAUGCACUGUACUUAAACUAGCAUACAUUUUAAUUUAAAAUAUUGUUAAGUCUUAUGCCUCUUUAACACAGCACAUCCCCACAUCACAGAAGGAAUGUAUUUUUGAAAACUGGCCUACUUCACGAAAUUCUGUAAAAUAAACACUACUCCUCCAAUGACUCCCAUGCUAGUAGUGAAGGUGUGUACCUAUGAAAAAUUUUUUGGUCCACAGUUGUAAUAAAACGCAUGUCUGUCUAUCACAAAUAAUAACUGGUAUGAAAAAACAAGCUCUAACACAGAGCUUGAAAUUGACAGCCUCUUUCCAAACAUGUUUCAUAGGAGUAAUACAAUGCACAAUCUAAAAUAAGAUAGGAACAGCAACCAAGCUACUGCAGGUCAUCCUGUGUCACUGACACAUGCACGAAAGCUAACCAAUGGCCAGCUACGCAUCCUAUGCAUCUGUAUAUGCAACAUGAAUUUCUUAACCAAUAAUUAUUUCUUUAAAAAGAAAACAAUUUCAGCUUAAUCUGUUUUGAAUUUUGUACCUAAGAAAAUUUAAAUAUUUAUCCUAAAUUUCUGUAAAGGUGAAAUUUUGUAGCUUGAAUGUCCACAUGUCUAGAAUGCAUUGUGUUAGGUAUGGUAGUGUAAUUUGUAUUUACUGCUUUUUACUAAAGCAAGGAAUUAUAAACACUGUAUCUAGUGUUAAA